AUGGCCUUCCUCUGGAUCCUGUCCUGCCUCGCCUUCAUCGGCGCCGCUCACGGCUGCGGCAGCCCAGCCAUCCCUCCAGUCAUCACUGGCUACUCCCGCAUCGUGAACGGUGAGGAGGCCGUGCCUCACUCCUGGCCUUGGCAGGUGUCCCUGCAGGAUUACACUGGUUUCCACUUCUGUGGCGGCUCUCUGAUCAAUGAGAACUGGGUUGUGACGGCUGCUCACUGCAACGUCAAGACGUCCCACCGUGUGAUCCUGGGCGAGCACGACCGCUCCUCCAACGCCGAGGACAUCCAGGUCAUGAGGGUCGGCAAGGUGUUCAAGCACCCCCGCUACAACGGCUUCACCAUCAACAACGACAUCCUGCUCAUCAGGCUGGCCAGCCCCGCCCAGCUGGGCCUCAGGGUCUCCCCCGUGUGCGUCGCCGAGAGCGGAGACAACUUCCCUGGAGGCAUGAAGUGUGUGACCACCGGCUGGGGCCUGACCCGCCACAACGCUCCCGACACCCCCGCCCUCCUGCAGCAGGCUGCCCUCCCCCUGCUCACUAACGAGCAGUGCCGUCGUUACUGGGGCAACAAGAUCAGCGACCUGAUGAUCUGCGCCGGAGCCUCCGGAGCUUCCUCCUGCAUGGGCGACUCUGGCGGCCCCCUGGUCUGCCAGAAGGCCGGCGCCUGGACUCUGGUGGGCAUCGUGUCCUGGGGCAGCGGAACCUGCACUCCCAGCAUGCCCGGCGUGUACGCCCGCGUCACCGAGCUGCGUGCCUGGAUGGACCAGACCAUCGCCUCCAACUGA